AUGGCGCAGCAGGCCGCUUUGCAAGUCCUGGGUCGCUGUCUGCAAAAAGAAAGAAAAAGGCAACAAGAAGGAAGAGCAAUGGCGACACUGGAUCGCAAACUGCCCACUACAGAUGCGCUCCUGUACAAACCCUGGUCCACCUUUAUCGACGCAGCUAAAUUACGCUGCUUUGACAAUGUAGAUUUAGAAGAGACUGGAAAAGAUUGUAGAAAAGGCAGGGAGGUGGUGAGACUUAAUAGAGAAGAUAUGUUCAUAUUUGGCCAUUCUCCAUUUCAUGACGAAUUUUAUUUGGUUGUCUGCAAUAUCUGCAAUCAAGUAUUAAAACCACAGGUUUUCCAGUCACACUGCGGUAGCUGGUGAAUAGUUGUGCAGUGAUUAGAGAGGACUGCUCUUCCAAAGACAUGCGCAGCAGGAACAAACGAAGACAUGG